CAACAGCGGUACCGUGUAAUCAAUCAAAACAAGUUCAAUCGCAUCAUCGCUCAGUAUCUUGCACAAGCGUUGAGUACAAACAAAUUCAAUUACUCUUGAGGAGAGGGUUACUGCAGUCGAGCCGGUUCAAUAAAUUCUAGUUAGGUGUAUUUUGAGGCUCAGAUCAAUAUAACUCCGGUAGGAUGACGAAACUGAUGGAAUGGUUGGCAGCCGCGGCGGCGUUCUUCGCGGUGUAUUUUUCCAUUGUGUGCCGUCAAGUGCAACACCAGGUCUUCGAUCAGUACAUGUUCGAGAUUCAACUGUCCCCGCUGAUUCUGUUGGCGCUAUUUGGGCUCUAUUCUGCUUCGGUUGUGCUCUAUCGGACGUUCACUUUUAACAAUUGCGAGGAAGCCGCCAAGGAACUGCUGGAACAGAUCAAGGAAGCGAAGAAGGAUUUGCGAAGUAAGGGGAUGGUUCUAAGUGAUUAGAUUUAGGCGUUAAUGAUAUAAGUUUUUGUUCGUUGAAUAAAAUAAAAAAAAGUAUAACAUAA